CAGGUUUGGGAGGUGGGGUUUGCGCGGCGCUCGCCCGGCUCCCCGGCCGCUGACGCUCAAUGCUGCGGCCGCGGGCUGCUGCGGGAGCCGCGCACCUCGGGGCUGCCGCGCACGGCGGGCAGGCAGCGCCCGCACCCGCGGAGCCGAGCAUGCCCCCCCGCCCCGCCCAGGUAUUGGAAAUUUGACUGAAGUCUACAUGUCAUGCACUGGAGAAGAUUAAAGGUUGCCUAAAAUUUCCAAGGAACCCCGUUCUCUUCUGUAGUUACUGGACUCGUCUCCUCUGACCCGGGAAGCUGAAGAUGAGGUUGCUAUGGGAACUGCUCGUGCUGCAAUCAUUCAUGGCGUGCCUUGCAGACGACAGCACACUGCACGGGCCGGUUUUCCUUCAGGAGCCCAACAGCAUGAUCUUCCCCUUGGAUUCAGAAGAAAAGAAAGUGAAGCUGAGCUGUGAAGUAAAAGGAAAUCCCAGACCGACCGUUGGGUGGAAGUUAAAUGGAACCAGCAUUGACAUCGGUAUGGAUUACCGCUACAGUGUGGUGGAAGGCAACCUGUUGAUCAAUAAUCCCAAUAAAACCCAAGAUACUGGAACAUACCAGUGUGUAGCGACAAACCCCUUUGGAACGAUUGUCAGCAGAGAAGCAAGGCUUCAAUUUGCUUAUCUUGAGAACUUCAAAACCAGAACAAGAAGCACGGUGUCCGUCCGCCAGGGCCAGGGCAUGGUGCUGCUGUGUGGACCACCACCGCAUUCUGGAGAGCUCACCUACGCGUGGAUCUUCAAUGAGUACCCGACCUUCGUACACCAGGACAAUCGCCGCUUCGUUUCGCAAGAGACUGGGAAUUUGUACAUCGCGAAGGUGGAAGCUUCAGACGUGGGCAACUACACGUGCGUGGUGACGAACACGGUGACCAACAGCAGGGUCCUGGGUCCCCCCACCCCGCUCAUCCUCAGGAAUGACGGGGUGAUGGGAGAGUAUGAGCCGAAAAUAGAAGUGCAGUUCCCAGAAACGGUUCCAUCUGCAAAAGGAACAACGGUGAAACUGGAGUGCUUUGCCUUGGGGAACCCAGUUCCUACGAUUAGCUGGAGGAGAGCAGAUGGGAAACAGAUACCCAGAAAAGCCAGGAGACACAGAUCAAGUGGACUUCUUGAAAUCCCAAAUUUUCAGCAAGAAGAUGCUGGACUCUACGAGUGUGUAGCUGAAAACGUGAGAGGGAAAAACGUGGCACGAGGACAACUGACAUUUUAUGCUCAGCCCAACUGGAUCCAAAAAAUCAGCGACGCACACGCAGCCAUAGAGGAAAGCGUCGUCUGGGAAUGCCGAGCGAGCGGGAGACCGAAGCCCUCGUACCGCUGGCUGAAGGACGGGGAGCUGCUGCUGCCCCAGGGCAGAGUUCAGCUAGAGCAGGGCUCGCUCACGAUAACGAACGUCAGCCUGUCGGACGCUGGCAUGUAUCAGUGUGUAGCGGAAAACAGACACGGCAUCAUUUUUGCCAGUGCAGAACUGAGUGUCAUAGCCGUCGGUCCAGACUUCUCCAAAACACUCUUGAAAAAGUUAACUCUUGUUAAAGUGGGUGGUGAAGUAAUCAUUGAGUGUAAGCCAAAAGCUUCCCCCAGACCUACUUAUUCUUGGAAGAAAGGAAAAGACUUCCUAAGAGAAAAUGAGAGAAUCACCGUUUUGGACGACGGGAGCCUCCGGAUUGUCAACGUCACCAAAUCCGAUGCGGGAAGUUACACCUGCGUGGCCACAAACCACUUUGGGACAGCAAGCAGCACGGGCAGCUUGGUCGUGAAAGAUCCAACCCGGGUUAUGGUGUCACCUUUCAGCAUGGAUGUCACUGUUGGAGAAAGCAUUGUCUUGCCUUGUCAGGUAUCUCACGACCACUCACUAGAUAUCGUGUUUACCUGGUCAUUUAAUGGACACCUGAUAGACUUUGAGAAAGAUGGGGAUCACUUUGAAAGAGUAGGAGGGCAGGAUUCAGCUGGUGAUUUGAUGAUCAGAAGCAUCCAGCUGAAGCAUGCUGGGAAAUACGUCUGCAUGGUGCAAACCAGUGUGGACAAGCUAUCGGCUGCUGCAGACCUGAUUGUAAGAGGUCCCCCAGGUCCCCCAGAAGCUGUGACGAUAGAUGAAAUCACCGACACCACCGCUCAGCUGUCCUGGAGGCCAGGAGCAGACAACCACAGCCCUAUCACAAUGUAUGUCGUGCAGGCGAGGACCCCCUUCUCGGUGGGAUGGCAAGCGGUGAGCACAGUUCCAGAGAUCAUCGAUGGCAGGACGUUCACAGCGACAGUGGUGGGUCUGAACCCUUGGGUCGAGUACGAAUUUCGAGUAGUGGCUGCCAACCUGAUUGGGAUUGGAGAACCCAGCAGACCUUCAGAGAAGAGAAGAACUGAAGAAGCUCUUCCCGAAGUGACCCCAGCUAAUGUCAGUGGAGGUGGAGGGAGCAAGUCUGAGCUGGUCAUUACUUGGGAGACAGUGCCCGAGGAGCUGCAGAACGGCGGUGGCUUCGGGUACGUGGUGGCCUUCCGCCCCUUCGGCACCGUCAGCUGGAUGCAGACUGUCGUGGCCUCCCCGGAUGCCGCCAGAUACGUCUUCCGCAACGAGACCUUGCCGCCCUUCUCCCCCUACGAAGUUAAAGUGGGGGUGUACAACAACAAGGGGGAAGGGUCGUUCAGCCCCGUGACGGUCGUCUACUCGGCAGAGGAAGAGCCGAUGAAAGCCCCAACCACUGUUCUGGCCAGAAGUCUUUCUGCUUCAGAUGUUGAAGUUUCUUGGGCUCCCCCUCGGGAGAACCAGCACAAAGGAAGAAUACAAGGAUAUGAGGUCAGAUGUUGGAGACACGACGAAAAGGAAGAAAACGCAAAAAGGAUUCGAACCGUUGGCAAUCAAACGUCUACAAAAGUCGGCAACCUGAGAGGCAACGCGCUGUAUCACUUGGCAGUCAGAGCAUACAACACAGCUGGGACCGGCCCCUCCAGCGCCGCGGUCAACGUCACAACCAAAAAACCACCACCCAGUCAGCCCCCCGGGAACAUCAUAUGGAAUUCAUCCGACUCCAAGAUCAUCCUGAACUGGGACCAAGUGAAAGCGCUGGAUAACGAGUCGGAAGUGAGAGGCUACAAAGUUUUGUACAGGUGGAACAGGCAGAGCAGCACAUCUGUCAUAGAGACAAAUAAAACCUCCGUGGAGCUCUCCCUGCCGUUCGACGAGGACUACAUCAUCGAGAUAAAGCCGUUCAGCGACGGGGGCGACGGCAGCAGCAGUGAACAAAUCCGAAUCCCAAAGAUAUCAAAUGCGUACGCGAGAGGAUCCGGCUCUUCGACCUCCAACGCCUGUACGCUGUCAGCCAUCAGCACAAUAAUGAUAUCGCUCACAGCUCGGUCCAGUUUAUGACAAAAAUUACACGAAGGACUUCUUGUUUAUAAUAUAAGCAACAUUUAGCUAGUUGUUUUGAAGACACCCAGUACUAAGUAAUAUUGUGGUUUGAGUACAUCUUACUACUGGAAAAAUGUUUAUGCUUCUUUAGGAAUGGCAUUAUACAGUACUUCCUCAAAGCAAAUAUAGCUUUGUCUGAAGUUUCCUUGGAAACUCUGCAAUGCACUGAAAACAUCUGUAAUAUGAUGUUACCAAAGCAGUUUACAUAUGUCCUUAUAUGCAUAUUUUUUAUUAUAUAUUUAGUGUUUUAUAGAAUUUUUUAAAGUUAACAUAUGAUGUAGAUAUUAAUUUUUCCUCUGCUAUAAAAUGCUAUGGACGACAUUAUCAUGAAAAUAUUGUUUGGAAUUUUUUCCUUUAUGAUGGAGAGUUCAAAGUUGUUCUUAGUAAAUUGGCUGCAACUUUCCUGUACAGUUUUACAAGGCUACGCAAGGCAGAACUGUUCCUGAUUCGGUUCGUAACGCAGCUGUAUUUAAAUGGCGGUUACGAUGAUUCUUGUGUUAAAUCGAGUGCUUAUAACACGCAAGAUCUUACCUUUUAUUCAGAGGUCUAAGCAAGACAAACUCGAAAUACUCAGUAAGAACACUAUAAUCUUGAAAAAAUACACAGAUUUUGGUCAUUUGUGGACUACAGGACAUGUAGCUAAUGCUCUGGCAUCAUGCAGUAAGGGUCUGGUUUUACUGUCUUGAGAUAGCUUUGUCUUGAUCAUCGUUAGCGUUAAAUUGGGUAGGAAUGAAGAUACUGCAAAGAUGCGAUCUCUGCCUCUAGUGACAGAAAGGGCCAGGUACCCGAAGGAGCGAGCAAGACGCGGUUCUCACCUUCGGGUGCAAACCCGCCUAAAUCCACCUCGCUUCGGGGGAUUUUCUUCCAAGGAAAUUAGAAUACGGCGCCUCUGAGACGUAAAGCUGCCCUGGGCUCGGUGGCCGAACGCGCGCUCGCUUUCCACGUGCAUUGGAACGUAACUCCUCAUCCUUCCUAAUCCCACCGUGUAGAAAACGCGUAGGAAAUCUGACCGUAGAGCAUCAGAGUUGCUGUGCCGUGCUCGGGGCUCCCCCGGAGGUGCGGGGUGUUGCGGGGAGGUGGGAUCUCCCGGUAGUUCCCUGCCAGGAAAUCCGCGUUUCUUUAGAAACUCUUCAUAGACGCCUGAAGGCAAAAUAGAGUCACGCCGGAAAAUGACAAUAUCCACAGCAAAAUAAUUCUUCUUAAGAGAAGGACUGUUUGUUACUACGGGGUAAUUUUGUAAGUUCACUCAGAUGGGAUAACGCUAGUAAAAGGCAACGGAAUUUUCUAUAAAAUUUUCAAGUUUAAAUGCGCUGCAGUGGUUUAUUAUUAUUUUUUUUUCCUGAUAGCUUGAAUUUGCCUGUAACUUGUCUUUUUUGCUUACAAAAUAAUACAGUUAACUUUUAGACCUUCUAAAUAUAUUUAUUCAGUAACUCAUAAUCAGGAUUCCACUUGUGUAAAAGUCAGGGGUGUUGACCAGAGAAAUAUUGUCAGUAUUUCAAGCUGUGUUCCUUUCUUAGUUUGAUAUGGUUACUUCUAUGUAAAAAAAAAACCACAAAACAAAAACAAAAAAACCACAAAAACAAGAAAAAUGGAACAAAAAAAAAAAGCUGCUGUAGUUUUCUCCCCGGUGUAAAUGAUAUUUAUCAGUGAUCUAGCAGAUGUAAUCUUUUUUUAAAGGUAUUGGUAAUAAAUAUUCUGUCAUUUGUAAAGA